CCUUAAGUCUGCUUGAUAACCUCACCUCCUCAAACCACCAGUAACUCUCUCACUGGAGAGAGAAGACCGACGGUUCCACAUAUCAUUACGGAGGAUUUGCGCGAGCAGUAAACGGUUUCACAGAUCUACAGUUCUGUUAGCCAAAACAGGAUGAAGCAAUUUUGUAACAAAUAAAGCUGAUUUUGGAGGAAAAAAUCUCACAUUGGAAAAUUCUUCUUUACCACCACGCUGGAGUUUAAUUGCUAACCCCAGCAAGACUUUCUCACAUCAGCCAACACACUUUUAAAGAGCAACUACAGAAAACCGAAAGCAAAUAAAAAUCAGUUUGCUUGUAACUAAUAGAGAUGGAAAGGUCUCAUCCGAACAACAGCUCAAAGGCUUGGUUAUUAGAAGAUUCACUCUGGGACGAAGAAGAGUGUCCGAUAUCCCUCAGCAGUACAACUUUCCUCAUCAUCGCUUACAGCGUAAUGCUAGCUGUGGGCUUGGUGGGCAACACUUGCCUAGUCUUAGUAAUCACACGACAGAAAGAGAUGCGUAACGUGACCAACAUUUUCAUCGUAAACCUCUCGUGCGCCGACAUCCUUGUUUGUUUGGUGUGUUUGCCAGUCACCAUUAUCUACACGCUUAUGGAUCGUUGGAUUCUGGGUGAAACUUUGUGCAAGGUGACGCCGUUCGUCCAGUGUACUUCUGUGACGGUUUCAAUCUUCUCAAUGGUUCUCAUCGCCCUGGAGAGACACCAACUCAUCAUUCACCCCACUGGAUGGAAGCCCGUCGUCAGACACUCUUAUCUGGCUGUAGCGCUUAUUUGGAUUAUUGCGAUUUUUAUCUCCCUUCCCUUCCUUUCGUUUCAAGUCCUCACAAUCUCGCCCCUGCACAACCUCAGUCCUCAGUUCAACCCCUUCAGUGAUCAGUUUAUCUGUAUCGAGCAGUGGCCGUCUGGUGGUUACAGGCUAGUUUAUACUACGUCACUACUGCUUUUUCAGUACUGUCUACCGUUAGCGCUAAUUCUAGUUUGCUACGUCCGAAUAUUCCUGCGCCUAAGUCACCGCAAAGACAUGGUUGAGAGAGCUCGUGGUGAACGGCACAAAAAGGCCAAAGGCUCAAAGCGCGUCAACGCUAUGCUAGCCUCAAUCGUAGCGGCGUUCACGCUGUGUUGGUUGCCACUAAAUGUGUUCAAUACAGUUUUCGACUGGAACCACGAGGCAAUGCCAAUGUGCCUGCAUGACACUAUUUUCUCAGCUUGCCACCUCACUGCCAUGGCAUCAACAUGCGUUAACCCUGUGAUCUAUGGGUUCCUGAACAGUAACUUCCAGAAGGAGCUGAAAUCGCUGCUUUAUGGAUGCCGUUGCUGGGGACCGUCUGAGAGUUACGAGAGCUUCUCGCUGUCCACUGUCAGCACGGACGUUACAAAGGCAUCCGUCCUGAGUACCGGCUCAGUCUGCAUCAAUGCAUAUCAGCCACAGAAGAAAAACAGUUUCGAACAGAAAGACAUUGUAUAAACAGUGUCCAGUGUCUUGAGAUUUCUUAAAAUUUCACUUAGCAUUUGAAAUCGCUGGAUGACAGUGCCAAAAUCCUGUUUUUGCAUGUUGAUUUGUCACAAGAUGUUCUGGAGUUCUUCAACACAUUAAGGAAAGGUUUAUUCUAGCUGGGCUUAAAAACAAUUCUCAGUAAAUGUUUUAACAACUGCACUCUUAAAAAUGAAAGUGCAUCAAGAAACAAAUGGUUCUCAUAAGAGCCUUUGAGUGAAUGGUUCUUUGUGAAUCCAAAGAUGGUUCUUUUAUAAUAGGGUCUUUCACAUCGGAUUGUUUUUCGUGGUUAACUAUUGGUCCAACUAAUCCAGAAAGAAGAACCUACCAGCGAUAAGAGUGUAUGUUGACUACAUACUACAAUAUUUUGAAGAGUUACAAAACAUAAAUGUACAAAAAGCUGAUGUUAUCUGCAUUUACCUUUCGUCUUUGUGCCCUUUGUGCUAUGUAACGCUGCAAAAUAUCAUUGGAGAUUUUUGGCUCUGAGUCCUCCUUAUUUCUAGUUUCGAUAAUUUAGCUCCUGUACCAACCCGGUGUGAAAGCUGCCUGUGGCGUCACUGUGAAGAAACGGAGACUGAUUGACUAUGUUAAAUUUAACAAGUUGGUCUGUAGGGAUCUGUAUAUGGAUGUUCUGAAUGAAAUUUACCCUAUUCUUUCUCUGAUAUGAUAAAACGAGUCCUCUUAUUGUUAUCAUUGUUCAGAUAAAGGCAUGUGUAAAAAUAAUUAAUUUAGUAAAAAAUCAAUGUCCACAAAAAUGUACUUUUGUUGUACAUUAAAGUACAGAGAUUAGAGUAUAGGUUUAUAAUAUGGUUACUAUACAUUAAAAAUGUAUUUACCAGUAUCUGGACUGUAAACGCAUUAAAUUCUGUCAUUGACUGUGAUCAGUAUGUCUGCAUUUUAAACUAAAAAGUAUGCUACAAUAUACACAUUUUGUUUAUUUGUUUUAGUGUAAUUUGUUCAGAAUAUCAAUUUAUAGAAACAGUUUUUUAACACCUUAUUUGGCAGGUAUUCAAGUCAAUAAUAUAUUUAAACUACUUUCUGAAUUCACACUGUCACAUGACUGUGGUUUCAAUCAUAAACAUUGUGCAUGUUAUAAGUAGUAUUUGUAAUAUAUGUAUAUUUAAGUGUGUGGUCAAAGCAUCAUGACAUCACUACUGAUAAGUAUAUUAACAUUGAAGCACCCUACAGAUAUCAAUUCGCAACAAGUAUGAAAUAUUCAUAGUUAUUUGAAGUUAUGAUCUAGUAUCCUGGUCACUGUUGUAGUAUUUACUAUAUAGAAGUAAAUUGGCACAUAGCGUGCACUAUAAACUGCUACAUUAAUCAUUGUUCUUAUGAAUUAUGCUGUUCUUAUUUUUGUGUCCUUUUUCUAUUCAAAUACUGAUGUGGAAUGUCUUUUCAGAAAGUGCACUGGGUUAUCACUCAAAUAAGGAAUACAUUUUUAAUUGCAUUUGAAACAAUGUAAACAAAUAAAUCAGACAAUUCAAUGGCAAAAAUUGUUUACCCUUAGUAGUGGUCUUUACCAGUCUUGAGAUCCAACCCCUUGUCCUCUUCAUUUAAAACCAAGACAAAAUUGAGCACAAAUGCAAUCAAGAGUGAAAAAAUGAACGACCUUGAGAUGUAUCGUUUAGCUGAAAUGCACCACAUUGACAUUAGGGUCUGAAUAAGUCUGGUAUUAAAUAGACGUUUAUGUAAAACUAGGUUGAGAGUUCCAAACAUGGUUGGAGGAGUUUCUCAACAUUUGGAGGAGUUUCUCAAUAUUUCUUUCUCAAUAUUUUCUUCCAAUUUGUGUUCUUUUAUACAUCAUGUAUUGCUGUGUGGAAAUGUGGCCUGUAUUUCAACAGCUUCAUCUUUAGCUUUGAAAUAGCUUUGAAGUUUUUAUGUGAAUCAAUAUGCUUUUUCUUUUAUUCAUGAUAUAUUUGGUUGACCAAUAUGUUUCUGAGCCUGAUGUCAGCUGUUUAGCACUUUGUUUUAAAAUAAACCCCUAGUUUUGAACACAUG